AUGGGCCAGCCAACCCACAUUAUCGACCCAGAAGGCGAAGCGAUAAUAGUAUUAAGCAAUCCAAAUGCUCCCUUCGCAGAGCUGAGUGAAGAUAUGAUCCCUCGCGAGUCAACUCAUCCGCUCCUGGACGCAAGAGAUAACAUCAAAAGUCCCGCCGACGAGAUUAAAAUGCCAGAAGAUGACGUGGAAGAGCCUAUGGAGCCUCUCAGCAAGAAGAAGAAGAUGAGGAAGAAAAAUAAGAAAAGGAGAUCUAGUCCUUGUUAUGAUGAUCCCAUUCCUCUUGAACCUCCCCAACAGCCAAUCGAGGAGCCUGUCGUUGAAGAGGCCGCUCCUGAAUGGCCAACUACCGGAUGGACCGUUGCCGAAGAACCCGCUGUUGAAGAACCCGUUGUUGAAGAACCUGCGGAAACUGGAGUCGCUGGGCGGCUGGAUCAAAAUUAUUUCCGCAUCCAAGUAUCCGCGAAGCAUUUAAUCCUUGCCUCGUCUUUCUUCAAGAAAUUACUCAAGGGUGCUUGGCAGGAAAGCCUUACUUACCUGCAAAAAGGCUCAGUCGAGAUUACUGCGGAUACCUGGGAUCUCGAAGCUCUCUUAAUCCUUCGCGUUAUUCAUGGCCAAUACUACCAUGUACCGCGGAAGAUCACCCUUGAGACGCUUGCGAAAGUUGCUGUUCUAGCCAACUACUAUGACUGCAGGGAGGCUCUAGACAUCCUGGCGAAUAUAUGGAUAAACGCUCUGGAGGAAACUAUCCCUAAAUCAUAUUCUCAGGAUUUGAUUUUGUGGCUAUGGAUUUCAUGGUUUUUCCAGCUUCCUGCACAAUUCAGAGAAGCUACCUCAACUGCCAUGUCGUGCAGUAACAAUCGGAUUGAUAAUCUGGCGCUUCCGAUCCCCGAUAAUAUCAUCAGUAAGGAUCCAUAA